AUGAAGCCAAUCUGCAUAUCUUUUCUGCUCGCAGCGGGUGUCGACCUAGCGGCUGCCCGAGCAGCCAACCUGCAUACCAGGCGCGGUGGUGGUGACAUGAACAGGCGGUCCUCUGUGUGGAACGCAAAACUCGGUCGACGUGAAGUGCCUCAGGAGCACUCGCAUGAAAAGUUUCUUACCAUCGUUAACACCAACCUGAAGCUGGACAACCCAGACAACAUCGUGGACGCCGUCUUUGGACUUCUUGGCAAUGCUGCUGCUUCGGCUGGCCAGGGCGACAUUACGGACACCGACUGUCUCCAACAAGCCACGGCCGACCAAGCCUUCACCAAUUCCAAAGCCAACGGAGACGUUGACGGCAUGACGGCUGCCCUGAUCUAUCGAGCACUCGAGCGCAACACUGGCGCUGUUGGACAGGCAUCAGUUGCCUGCACGUCCAUCACACCUGUCAAUCCCGAGAUUGCUGCCAUCUCUCAGCAUCAAGAUCCAGCUUCUGACAAUGCCGCCAGCAUCAACAAGGAUAUCGCAUUGGCGCUUGCCGUUCAGAUUGCGAACAUUGGCGGCAACCCACUGGACGCGCUGCAAUCCGGCACUUUCGCUCCUGGUGAGAUCGGCGACCCCACUGGCGCAGGCAAUACCUGUGACGUGGUCGACGACCCUGUGGGUUGCAUCUUCACCCAGAACCUGCUUGUUGAAGAUGCCAGUGAAGACGAAGUGAACGCUGCGGUUGCUGCCUCGGCCACUGCGGUCGCAGAGUGUACUGCUCCCCCCGACGAAUCUACUGCAGUUGCGGAUACCAGCACCGCUGUCGAAGUUGCCAGCACAACCGUGGCUGGGGCGGCCACCCAAACGGCAGAGGCUGUUACUACCAGCACUGCAGCCGCGACGGGAACUGCGGCCGCCGACUCCGGGGCUGAGACAACCGUCGGGUCCUCCAAUCUGGACUUGGGGUCUUGCGACAACCCUACCAUCAUCUUCGCAGACAAUCUUGACGGCCGGAAAGAGCCUUCCUUCGCACCUGCCGACGAGACGACUUUCACGCACGGCUCCGCGCUGAACAUCAAGGUCAUUUCUGACUUCGUCUGCCAACAACUCGAAACGAAAUGCCAGGCAUCCCAGGAGGCCAUCGACGCAUGCAAUCAGGGAGCGACCGCUGCACAGGGCGAGACAGGCCAAGCGGCAGCUGACGCUUUCAACCAGGCACUCGGCUUCUAG